AUGUGGGUCCAGAAGGUCGAUCGGGAUGUCCGCGAACCAACCCCUCAAUUCCACUUGUCGAUGAUGUCGACGACACCGAGUCAAACGCCGAAUGCGCGAGGACGCAAGAAGACGACCGAGGCCUGCGAUCCAUGCCGGGCAAAGAAAUUGAAGUGCGAUGGCUUAAUGCCUUGCAAGUCCUGUGAGAGGAACAAGGCGCAAUGCUGUUAUGAUCCUUCCACAGCGGCCAACAGACUAAAUGGAGGACUGGACAUGAUGAAUGCGCGAGUAUUGGAGCUUGAAAGAGCAGUUUUUGGUGAACGAACAUAUCGAACAGGUGAUACGGUUGGGAUGAGAGAUGCCGGUGUAUCAGAACGAAGUUUGCCAAGGGCCAUUGUGUGUGAGGAUAGAGAAUGGUCGUCCGCAAUUUACGGUCCAACUUCUACUUUGAUGCUGCUCAAUGACGUAAAACCAACAUCACCACAGGUCGAGGGUACUGAGGCUACCAUUGAAAGGCCACGCAAGAGAGCCAGACGGGAGCAUUCGGAUUCCGAAUCUUUUGAUCAAAUGGAACUGGCAGAUAGAAUCUACGAGUAUGACAGGAUCCAAAAUCCCGGAAAUCUCUGUUGGCGUGAAAACAUCGCCAACCGGCAUCUCGAUUAUUUUUUCAAGGUCGUUCACAGCACCUACCCAAUUAUCACUGAGGCCACAUUUCGCGACAUUUGGCAUGAUUUCUGGGAUCAUCCAAACUCAACCGACGAGACGAACAACACACUGCAGACACGAUGUGCGAUCAACUCAGCUUUAUGUUUAGGCGCCCUUUACAUGAACACUUCCCAGGACACCAAGUGGGCUACCAGCUAUUUUGCUGAGGCUCGAAAACUUAUUGGGUCAUUGUUUGACGGCGCUAAUAUCCUGACUGUACAAGCUUCCAUGUUAAUGGCUGUUUAUGCCCACCAUACUUCGCAGCCCAAUUUGGCUUAUAACUAUCUUGGCACUGCCAUCCGUCUCGCUUACACACUGGGAAUCAAUAACAUGCAUGUGUCGAACCCGCAUCUUGUGCCACUUCAACCUGCACUUCGUGCUUGGUGGUUACUCUACAGUCUAGAGUCCGAUAUAUGCAUUGAAUAUGGGAGACCACUUUGUAUCAGAGAGAGAGAUGCUAACGCACCUUAUCCAUCGGAGGAAAUGGACGGUGAUGAGACUGUUAGCAGAAUUGAUUUCAUUAAAGCCGUGGCGAAAUUUGGAAGGAUUUUGCGCAAAGUGAUUGACUUGGCGGCGGAUAUUAGUGAACGAAAUUCAAACCUACAGUCCUUUGUUGGCCGGCUUAUGAAUCACCAAGCAGAGCUUAUGACAUGGCGAGGGGACCUCCCCACCCAUCUAGCUCCAAAGGAGAUCGCACCCACUGGAGGCCCACAAGCCUGGGCUGAAUUUCCUUGGGUGCAGCAGCAACGGUGCGAAAUCGAACUACGUGAGUGA